AUGGACAGGGACCAAAGCGACACCCGAGAGUUGUACGAGGCGCUUGUGUUGGGUGGGACCAUCUCAGAGUCAGAUUUCUGGAGGGCACGCUCCCAAUGGCACAACACAGACAAACAGGCUCCCAAGCAGAGGGUUGGGUGGGCUACAGCAUUAAUGGCAGAUGUGACUCCCAAAGAUGAUGGCACUAAAAAAGUGAGGCUGAACCUUUCAGCCCAGACGAUUCAGCAGAUAUUUGCAGAACGACCAUGGGUUCACAAAUCGUACUCAGAGCUUGUUCCGCACAUAAUGGAUGACAAGGAGUUUUGGACAAGGUUCUGCAAGCACGAGUUUGCCUUUGAGGCGAAACUGCAAAAGAUGGCAGAGGGGAAGCAGCGAGAAGCCUUUGAGAUUGACGAUGAGUAUGCUGAUCUCUUUUCUGAGCCUGCCCAAGCAGCUGAGGAGCAGCACACCGCAAGAGUUAAAGCAAGAUGUGUUGAUCCGACAGUAAACUUGGUGGCGAAUGAUGACGAUAAUUUUGGAGAGGGCUAUGGUGUUCUGCACAAUGCUCGGCGGGCUCACGAAGCGGCAGCCCCCGGAGUUAGCCAUGACAUCAUCCGCGGUAUCAAUCGACAUGGGACGGUCAUAUUGGAAGGAGUUCCAGAAGAACCAACUGAAGAUGCUGCCACUGCUGCAAGAAGGAUGGCCAUGGAAAGGAGGUCAGAACUUCAAAAGUUCGCGCAAGUCGGUCUGGCGGAGAUUGACGAUGAAUCCUUCCAGCAAAUAGAGCAACGUGAGCGACACGCCCUAGAGGACCUCAAGAGUGCUCAAACUGGAAAUUUUGUUGGAUUGAACAUCAGAGGCUUGCACGACUUCCUCCAUGGCCGUGUCGAGGAGCCGCAAACUUCCACACCAGCAGUAGGAGGCAGCGGCCUGCGUGGGCAGAACAGGCCAGCCACUUCUGCCCUUGAAGCAUUAGACAGACUUGAUGGCAGUUGUCUUGUCAGCAUGCCACCGCUUGGGAAGCCAGCCUCACAGGUCCUCAUUAACAUGUUCCAUGGUCGGAGCGGACGGUCUGACGACCCUGGCUCGGCUGAGAUGGAGCCAGGGAGCAAAGCGGUUGAUGUGGUCUCGCCUGAGGACCAGCGGCUGUUGCGAAACAGGGCGUUGAUCACCAACGAGCUGCUCAGGCACUUUUGGGCCUCGUUCCCUGCCAGUUCACCUGCCCGCAAGGCGAAGGCCGCAAAAUUGAAAUCUGAACUCUGGAACAUGCACAAGAGCCUGCUGGAAUUGCGGGAAGACUGCAACGGCCCUGCGCGUCCGUACAUUCUUCAAAUCUUGAAGCCCCUGCUCUCUGCGCUGGAGGCAGCCUUUGAAAAAUAUGAUAGAGACGCAGUCCACCGUUAA